UAUUCUUAUCAAUAACAUCUCUACUUUUUUUUAUUUUUUUGUGAGCGUGUGAAUCUUUUAACUCUAUUGAAUUUUACUCUAUUUUUCACAACAGUAGUUUUCUUAACUCUAUAAAUGGAAACUCUCACACUGAUGAACUUCUUUCCCUGUGUAUUGAUCAUAUUAAUUCAACUAACAUGUUUAGGCCUACUCACAUGUCCCCCUUGCUGCUGUUACUAUUCCUCUCCCUCGCCACAGCGUUGACAUGUUCCGCAUCACCACAGAUCCACAUAGGCUUCUCCGCGUCACCACAAUCCCAAACGGCGCCGUUUGAGUCCCUUUUCACCGACCCUACUGGCAAUUUCUCUUUAUGCUUCCUCCGCCAGAACCAAAACCACCUCGCACUCGCCGUCAUCCACGUAGCAUCCUUGCAGCCACUCUGGCUCGCUAACCCAACUCACUUGGCCUCAUGGUCCCACACCACGCGCCUCUCCUUCAACGGCACUCUUCUCCUCUCCGACCCCAAAACAAACCUCCUCUGGUCAACCGCAACAACCGGCGGCGAUACCCUUCUGCUACUUAACACCUCCAACCUUCAGAUCCUAAACAAAGCCAAAGCCACUCCCAUAUGGCAAAGCUUCGAUUUCCCCACAAAUACUCUCGUUCAGGACCAGAACUUCACAACCGCCAUGUCAUUAUCGUCGCAAAAUGGUUUGUACUCGUUGCGGUUAGGCAACGAUUUCAUGGGGCUCUACGCUAACUACCCUGAAAAUGAUGCAAGUUCGUUGGGGCAGUUACUCUACUGGAAGCGCACCGCACUGGAGGCCAAAGAAGUUAUAAAACAAGGACAGGGACCAAUCUACGCACGUGUCAAUAAAGAGGGGUAUCUCGGCAUGUACCAAACCAGCGCCAAGCCCAUUGACGUUCAGAAGUUCGACAGCUUCCAACAAACUCCAACGGCAUCGUCGUUUCUGUUCGUGCGGUUAGAACCCGAUGGGAACCUCAAAGGGUAUUAUUGGAAUUCCAACAAGUCCAGCUGGGUGCUCAACUACCAGGCCAUAACGGAAACCUGCGAGCUUCCACUCCCCUGCGGAUCGUACGGUUUGUGUACUCCGGGCGGGUCUGGGUGCUCGUGUUUGGAUAACCGAACCCGGUUCGAACCGGGUGUUGGUUGCUUCGGUGGUAGCAACGGAAACUUGUGCUCGGAAAAGAUUGGUGGAGACAGUUACUCAGUGAUUCGAAGGACGGGGGUAGAGCCACCGCAUAAGGAGCUGGAUGGUCACGUGACGACGCCGUCUUCGGCGGAGUGUGAAGGGUUGUGCGAGAGAAACUGUAGCUGUUGGGGUGCGAUGUACAACAACGUAAGCGGGUUUUGUUACAUAAUGGACUACCCGAUUGGGACGAUGUCGGGUUCCGGGGAAGAGUACAAGAUUGGGUAUUUUAAGGUGAGGAAAAGUGAGAGUGGGAAGAAUCGGGUUGGGGUUCGGGUUGGGGUGGUGGUUGGGGUUAUGGUUGGGAUUGUCUUUAUUGGGGCUGGGGUGUGGAUGAUGAGAAUGCGGUGGAGAAGGAAAGGGGUCAAUGGGAUGUUGGGCGAAGAAAACGGGUCUUCACCCGGCCCGUAUAGGAAUCUUGGAUUCGACAGUUUUAAAUCCAUUGAGAUGAGCGGUCAAAGAUGAUGAUGAUGACGAAUGGGAUGACGAUUCUUGAUUCAUGUUAUUGGCUUUAUGAAUAAAGUAGUAUCCAAUGAAAAUGAUGAGGAGGUUGGACGGUGGUGGGGGAAAGGAGUCCAUCAUAACGAUCAUAAUAUAACAGGGUAUAAAUCAACGUCUCUGGUAUAGAUACACACAAACAUCCAUACGUAUAGAUUAUGAGGAGGAUGAAGCAGACAUGGUUUUGUUAUUCUGUGCUACAUGAAAAUUCACAAUGACAAAAGCUUGGCAGUGCAGGUUGAAGCAGACAGGGAGCAAGUAUUGUCGCUGCUGAUCACACUUAACUGCUAACCACUUUGAGUUUAUGAAAUGUAUUUGUUCUAAUUUUUUUGUAAAUUGGGCUUAUAGGACUAACUGCUUUUAUUGCAAUUUUCGGGUGAGAGAUGUGGACUUUUAUGUUUUCUCUUUGUUGUAACGUGCUGGUAGGAGAAUGAGCUUAGUGGUAGUGUUCAAAAAUCUAAUAUACA